AUGUCUGGCAAAGUCCCUCAUGCCGCCUUUUGUGAGGAGUACGACGAAGACGCACAUGUUAUCCUUCCCGAAACUCGUCGAGUUGCAAACGUUGCUGCUAAACGAUCCAAGACCGACCUGAUAUCUUCUGCGGAGCCUCUGGUUGAUGUUGCGAGCGAUUCUGGUUAUUCUAGUCGCACUGCCGCCACCGUUAACAGCACCCAAUCUGGCCCGUCGGGCCAGAAAAGUCCCAUCCCUCUUAAAUUAGACACGGCGCCCAAGAGAGUCGACCUCGAUCGUGUUCGAUCUCAUCGCAAAGAACGCACCAAGGAACGAACUGCCCGCCCUGCGCGGGAUGACAAGAUGCAGGUUGGAACUUACCCCAGUGCCAGCCAUCAUCAGCAUCCUUCCAUGCAGCGAUCCCCAUCGAGGUCUCGAAGGAGGGAGAGUGCCCAUUUGCGGCACUAUCCAGGGACCUGCUGGGAAUGUGAUCAGGGGUUGUAUCAUGCCACGAACCCCGUUGAAGUACGACAGAUGGAAUAUCCAUACUAUAUGUCUCAACCGUCGACGCCUUCCGUGCAUGAUUUCCCCCCCGCCAUCACCCCAAGCUCCACGAUACCCCCCGUCGAUCUCUCAGGAUGUCCAUGUCGCGUCUCAUAG